GAGCGGCGAGGAGGGCCAGCGACUCCGGCAGCGCCAGUGGCAGCAGCGGUCGCAUAGCCGUGGGAGGUUAUGGGGGCGCGCUCUUUCUCUGGGUGCCUAGCCAGCGGCGGCUCCGAGCGCCUUGCUGGGCUGCUUUAGGGAGCGGUGGUGGAGCAGAGUCACUCGCUAAAGAACCCCGGGACCCACUUGCUCGGCCCCUGGCCCGCCGUGCCGCUCCCGGGCGUGGAAGAGGAACCGUACUCCAGAGCGGGGCGAGGAGCAUGGCGAGAGCGGCUGUCGCAGGAGGCGGCGCCGGAGGAGCGCACUGGUGGCUUCCUUGGUUGGGGCUCUGCUUCUGGGCGACAGGGGCUGCGGCUGCCCGAGGAACCGACAAUGGUGAAGCCCUUCCUGAAUCCAUCCCAUCAGCUCCUGGGACACUGCCUCAUUUCAUAGAAGAGCCAGACGAUGCUUAUAUUAUCAAGAGCAACCCCAUUGCACUGAGGUGCAAAGCAAGGCCAGCCAUGCAGAUAUUCUUCAAAUGCAAUGGCGAGUGGGUUCAUCAAAAUGAGCAUGUCUCUGAGGAGAGUCUGGACGAGAGUUCAGGCUUGAAGGUCCGGGAGGUGUUCAUCAAUGUCACCAGGCAGCAGGUGGAGGACUUCCAUGGGCCCGAAGACUAUUGGUGCCAAUGUGUGGCAUGGAGCCACCUGGGGACUUCCAAGAGCAGGAAGGCAUCCGUGCGCAUAGCCUAUUUACGGAAGAACUUUGAACAAGAUCCGCAGGGGAGGGAGGUUCCCAUUGAAGGCAUGAUCGUGCUGCACUGCCGCCCACCGGAGGGAGUCCCUGCUGCUGAGGUGGAAUGGCUAAAAAACGAGGAGCCCAUCGACUCUGAACAAGAUGAGAACAUUGACACCAGGGCUGAUCAUAACCUGAUCAUCAGGCAGGCGCGGCUCUCGGACUCAGGGAAUUACACCUGCAUGGCAGCCAACAUCGUGGCCAAGAGAAGGAGCCUGUCAGCCACAGUGGUGGUUUACGUGAAUGGAGGCUGGUCUUCCUGGACAGAGUGGUCAGCCUGCAAUGUUCGCUGUGGUAGAGGAUGGCAGAAACGUUCCCGGACCUGCACCAACCCAGCUCCUCUCAAUGGUGGGGCCUUUUGUGAGGGAAUGUCAGUGCAGAAAAUUACCUGCACUUCUCUUUGUCCUGUGGAUGGGAGCUGGGAAGUGUGGAGUGAAUGGUCAGUCUGCAGUCCAGAGUGCGAGCAUUUGCGGAUCCGGGAGUGCACAGCACCGCCCCCAAGAAAUGGGGGCAAAUUCUGUGAAGGUCUAAGCCAGGAAUCCGAAAACUGCACAGAUGGUCUCUGCAUUCUAGAUAAAAAACCUCUUCAUGAAAUAAAACCCCAAAGCAUUGAGAAUGCCAGCGACAUUGCUUUGUACUCGGGUUUGGGCGCUGCAGUCGUGGCCGUUGCAGUCCUGGUCAUUGGCAUCACCCUUUAUAGACGGAGCCAGAGUGACUAUGGCGUGGACGUCAUUGACUCUUCUGCAUUGACAGGUGGCUUCCAGACCUUCAACUUCAAAACAGUCCGUCAAGGUAACUCUCUGCUCCUGAAUUCCUCCAUGCAACCAGACCUGACAGUGAGCCGAACAUACAGUGGACCCAUCUGUCUACAGGAUCCUCUGGACAAGGAACUCAUGACAGAGUCCUCACUCUUUAACCCUUUGUCAGACAUCAAAGUCAAAGUUCAGAGCUCAUUCAUGGUUUCGCUGGGAGUAUCUGAGAGAGCCGAGUACCAUGGCAAGAACCAUUCCGGGACUUUUCCCCAUGGGAACAACCGCAGCUUCAGUACAAUGCAUCCUAGAAAUAAAACGCCCUAUAUCCAGAAUCUGUCAUCACUCCCCACAAGAACAGAACUGAGGACAACUGGGGUCUUUGGCCAUUUAGGAGGACGCUUAGUAAUGCCAAAUACAGGGGUGAGUUUACUCAUACCACAUGGCGCCAUCCUAGAGGAGAAUUCUUGGGAGAUUUAUAUGUCCAUCAACCAAGGUGAACCCAGCCUCCAGUCAGAUGGAUCGGAGGUGCUCCUGAGCCCUGAAGUCACCUGUGGUCCCCCAGACAUGAUUGUCACCACUCCCUUUGCAUUGACCAUCCCGCACUGUGCGGACGUCAGUUCUGAACACUGGAAUAUCCAUUUAAAGAAGAGGACUCAGCAGGGCAAGUGGGAGGAAGUGAUGUCAGUGGAGGAUGAAUCCACAUCCUGUUACUGCCUUCUGGACCCCUUUGCCUGUCAUGUGCUCCUAGACAGCUUUGGGACGUAUGCCCUCACUGGAGAACCAAUCACAGACUGUGCCGUGAAGCAACUCAAGGUCGCAGUUUUUGGCUGCAUGUCCUGUAACUCGCUGGACUACAAUUUGAGAGUCUACUGUGUGGACAAUACCCCUUGUGCAUUUCAGGAAGUGGUUUCAGAUGAAAGGCAUCAAGGUGGACAGCUACUGGAAGAACCAAAGUUGCUGCAUUUCAAAGGGAAUACUUUUAGUCUUCAGAUCUCUGUCCUCGAUAUCCCCCCAUUCCUCUGGAGAAUUAAACCAUUCACUGCAUGCCAGGAAGUCCCGUUCUCCCGCGUGUGGUGCAGUAACCGGCAGCCCCUGCACUGUGCCUUCUCCCUGGAGCGCUACACGCCCACCACCACCCAGCUGUCCUGCAAAAUCUGCAUCCGGCAGCUCAAAGGCCAUGAACAGAUCCUCCAAGUGCAGACAUCAAUUCUAGAGAGUGAAAGAGAAACCAUCACUUUCUUUGCACAAGAGGACAGCACUUUCCCUGCACAGACUGGCCCCAAAGACUUCAAAAUUCCCUACUCCAUCAGACAGCGGAUUUGUGCUACCUUUGAUACCCCCAAUGCCAAAGGCAAGGACUGGCAGAUGUUAGCACAGAAAAACAGCAUCAACAGGAAUUUAUCUUAUUUUGCUACACAAAGUAGCCCAUCUGCUGUCAUUUUGAACCUGUGGGAAGCUCGUCAUCAGCACGAUGGUGACCUUGACUCCCUGGCCUGUGCCCUUGAAGAGAUUGGGAGGACACACACGAAACUCUCAAACAUUACGGAAUCCCAGCUCGAUGAAGCCGACUUUAACUACAGCAGGCAAAAUGGACUCUAGUCCACUUCCUCUCAAGAGAUAAAGUGAUGGUCAGCUUCGGGACAUUUGCUUUAAAUGGAAGAAAGAGACAGCUCUCUGCCCAGUGGCAUUUGGGGAAUUCAGCCUUCAUUUACAAUCAGUGAGAUUCCCUGGUUGGAGAAACUGAAACUUAUAUAGGUAAAAUAUGUUAAUAGAGAAAAGUAUAACCUCUCUUAGAUAAAAGAGGGCUCUACUGUCUCCUCUGAAUCCACACAAGGGUUAACACUUGAUGAACUUCUCAGAUUCAGGGUGGCAAGGAUAAAAGUGAGGGCUUAUCUAGAUAGGAGUAACUGGAAAAAAGAUGAGCUACAAUAAAGCUGGGAAGGCAGAGAAUGUAUAAGUGCAUGUUUUGAAACAGGUUUUUAAUGAUAUGCCCCAAAGGGCCAGCUGAUUCUGGUACCAGAUUGUCAAGAGUUUUCUACCAACUGGCAUCUGUGAUGUCGGCAAUCAUUGUAAAACUGGCUUUUAGAAGUGAAAUGGGUUGUCAACCCAUUUGUAUGACUUCAACAAUGUCAAGGAGGGCAUUUAGAAUUUAGAAUCUGAGUACAUCACACCAGCACCAACCCAUUCCUUACCUAUCCUAGCAACUUAAUAGAAACAAGGCAAGGUAAGAUAGACCACAAUCUAGUUCUUACAGUGUACGCCACCUUCAUUUCCUCCAAGGACAGAUCUACCCACAUUCUUUCCUUUCUUUACCCAUUAUAGUAGAGAAGAGGUUUCAAGCAUCAUAAUUAGACUUUUCAAUAUAAAAAAUUUAUUUCUUCUAACUCAAAAAGCAAGACCAUCUCUAGUUUUAGCUAAGCCACUCAAAUUGCAGAGUACUGUUAGCACACAACUUGUUAUGUGGAUUUGGAGAUGAGGGGUCAAAUUAGGUCCAAGGAAACAUAAACUGCAGGUGCCAUAGGCCUUGAAUAAGCUGUAAUUCUAGGAUACAGGUGUUGAUCCACUUCCCCAACAUUGUCAUUCUAAGGAGAUGAGGAGGUUUUACUGUACUUUUCAACCCAGGUUCUUGAAAUUUUCUAGCCUUUUGGUACUGUGUUAUCACCAACUCUUUCCAUGGGGCUAUAUAUAGGUCACCCUCUUUUUGCCGCUUAGGAAAUUAGCACAUAGUCUUUGCUUUAAAUUAUAUUCGAGUAAAUAGACCUCUGCCGCAA